AUGGUAGCGGAAAAAAAUUGGAAACAAACGAAAAACGAAGAAUCAGAGCAAACCGAUUGCAAACAAUUCAACGCACACGCGAUUAUUGAUCAAAAUGGAUGGCAAAGGGGAAUGGAAGAGGCUGCUCUCGAGAAAACAAAAGAGAUGUUGAUUCACGUCGCUUAUCCGGAGUUCAUCCUCGACAGCAAGCAAUUGGACGAUUUCUAUAGCAACUUCUCCGUCGAAGAAACGGAUUCGUACAGUCAGGUGGUAGAGAAGAUGUUACGGUGGGAAUCAGAACGCAACUUCAAGCUCCUCUCUGAACCCGUAGAUCGAGCUGAGAAUGUCGUGGAUGCUACAGAUAGCUACCUGCCGCUUUUCUACAAGCGAACUUCCAUCAUUCUUUUCCGAGGUAAACAUUGA